AUGAAGAUCAAUAGAAGAGAUCUUGUACCAGACGGACCUGGUAGCGUCAAGAUGACGCCAGUUGAUUCAGAUGAUCUCUGGUUUGCUUACAAUUUGAUAGCACCUGGAGACGCAGUUAUGGCUGUUACUGUCAGGAAAGUUUUAAGAGAGACGGCUAAUGGAAGAAGAGAUGCGGAGCGUGUCAAGCUCAAGUUACAGAUCGAAGUUGAGGGUACAGAAUAUGAAAAAGCAGAGUCUAUUUUGCGAAUUCGUGGAAAGAAUACAUUAGAGAAUGAAUAUGUGAAGAUUGGAGCGUUUCAUACUUUAGAACUUGAGCUGCAUCGACCUUUUGUUUUAAGAAAGGCACUUUGGGACUCAUUGGCGUUGGAUAUACUCAAUCAGGCUUCUGAUCCUGCUGCAAGUGCUGAUCUUGCUGUGGUUUUAAUGCAAGAAGGAUUAGCACAUGUCCUGCUUGUUGGUAGAAGGUUUCUUCUAACAAUUACACGUGCGAGGAUAGAAACUUCAAUUCCUCGAAAACAUGGACCUGCAAUAGCUGGUUAUGAGUCGGCAUUAAAUAAGUUCUUUGAGCAUGUAUUACAGGCUUUUCUGAAACAUGUUGAUUUCAAUGUGGUUCGGUGUGCUGUGAUUGCAAGUCCUGGUUUCACAAAGGAUCAGUUUCAUAGUAAAUUACUGUUGGAGGCAGAGAGGAGACAGCUGAGGGCCAUCAUUGAGAACAAGUCGCGCAUAGUUCUUGUGCAUACAAGCUCAGGAUACAAGCAUAGUUUGAGAGAGGUUCUUGACGCUCCAAAUGUUAUGAAUCUGAUAAAAGACACUAAAGCAGCACAAGAGGUCCGAGCUCUCAAGGAUUUCUUUGACAUGCUUUCAAACGAUCCGAAUCGAGCAUGCUAUGGACCAAAGCACGUGGAGGUUGCCCAUGAACGCAUGGCCGUUCAAACUCUUCUCAUCACAGAUGAGCUAUUCAGGAAUGCUGAUAUACCAACGAGACAAAAGUAUGUCAACCUAGUCAACUCAGUGAAGGAUUCAGGUGGCACUGCUUAUAUAUUUUCAUCAAUGCAUGUAUCAGGAGAGCAAUUGGCUCAGUUGACUGGCGUUGCUGCAAUUCUGCGAUUUCCUCUACCAGACCUGGAAGACAUUGAGAUGUGA